AAUCUUCUCUUGCAUAAUGUAUAUUUCAUAUUAAACUUUUUAAUCUUUUUUGUUCUUCCAAUUUUAAUCGUUUUUGUUCUUUCAAUUGCCCUACAUUCACAUGGCGGAUACUCCUACCCAAACCCAAAUUCCUCGUCCGGUCCUCUACGUCGUAAUACCCCUUGGUGGCGGCGGAGUCGGUGAGUACAAUAAACCCGGGCCUGCCCCAGCUUCGAAGGCUUCCAUUGAAGCCAUGCCGAGGAUAAAAGUUAAAGGGACUGGCAACGAUUGUUCUAUUUGUUUGGAAGAGUUUAAAGUUGAUGAAGAAGCUAGGGAGAUGCCAUGCAAACACCUGUUUCAUUCGGGUUGUGUAGAGAAGUGGCUGCAGAUCCACGGGUCAUGCCCGGUUUGCCGGUUUUUGAUGCCCUCUGAGGAGGCGGAAAGUGGAGGCGGUGGCAUUGGCGGUGACGAUGGUUUGGGAAAUUUGGAAGGUGGCGAGAUUGCUUUAAGAUUUGUAGAAUCGUUUUUAUCUUUGGCUAGUUUGAUGUCUAUGUUGGGCUCGGGUAGGGGGUCGGAGCAGACUAGUGGGCGUCAAGGCAUGGAUCGCUACUGAAACAAAUCAGUUUUUCUUUUUCUUUUUUAGAAAAAAAAACGUUUUUUUUUCAUUAUUACCCCCCGAAGGGGACUCAAGUGUAUAAAUAUCAAAGGGAAUUUAAUUAUUUUUUAUUUAUUAGUGUGCCUUUUUUUAACCAUUACAGGUUUUUUAAGGCUUACUUUGACAGCACCAUGGAAGGGAUUUUUAUUUGAUAAUGUUGUUUUGAGUUUCAGUCGUAAAACGCUACUCAAAGAUUUUCCUCCUAUCACGUGAUGGAUUUUCCUACUACCACGUGAUGGUCACCUGAUGGAAGAGUUUUUACGAUUUUAUGAUGUUGAUUUAUUAAUUUAAUA